GAGUGGAUUGCGCCUGAGCAGUCACCACUCACCCGCUCGCCCAGCAUGACCAACACCAUGGAUUGACCGUGUAGUAAUUCUGCUCAGUUUCUAUCGCCUGCUCGAUAUCGCACCGCGCUGCCCUCCCCCUCACCAUGCCCUCAGAUUCCAGUUCCACCGACCGCCUCGACGCGCAGAUUCCAGGCGCGUUCCCGGAUGCGAACGGCAGCCAGGCGGCCAUAUCCACGCAUCAGACCCUCUCGCAGGCCCUUUUCGCCCGCAGAGCCGAGUACACGCGGCCGCGAAAUGUCCGUAUCAAAGUUGGCACUUGGAACGUCGCUGCGCAAAAGGGCACAGAGCAGGAUGUUGGCGCCUGGUUCGUUGGCGGAAAGGGGAUAGAAGAGUCUCUGGCUGGGCUCGGGGUCGAAGACCUCGAUGCAGAGCGAAGAGAGUCCCGAGAGAGCGUAUCAGCGCAAGAGGCGAGACACACAAGUAACGCACCUACUGUUCCGCAUCGCGACCCUGGAACCGCGCCUGGGGAGGAAGAGGUUGGCAUAUAUGCGUUGGGCCUGCAGGAGGUUGUGGACAUCAACUCCCCUGCCGAGGCAUUAAGGCCGUAUACGGAUCCGACAAUAGCGAAUCGGUGGAAGGCCGCAAUCGAAUUGGCACUGCCCAAAGGCUAUCAGCUCGUGUCAGAGCAGCAGCUCAUCGGUCUGCUUCUCCUCAUCUACGUCUCCCCGACAGUGCACCCGCAUGUGAAGGCUGUCAGCACGACAAGCGUUGGAACCGGUCUGAUGGGUUAUAUGGGUAACAAGGGCGCCGUGACGACCAGGAUGGUGCUCGGCGAGACCACGAGACUCGUCUUCAUAAAUUCUCAUCUAGCUGCUGGUGCAGACAAGGCCGCGUUGGAGCGCAGAAAUUGGGACGCCGGACAGAUUACGAGUCGCACGCGCUUUGAUCCCAUUACGGAUGCGAUGGGCCUAACCCAGGGCCAGGGCGAGGGCCUGGGCGAGGAAGAUUUUGCCUUCUGGUUCGGCGACCUCAACUACCGCCUAGAAGGGAUGCCCGGCGAGGACGUGCGGCGCCUGCUCACUAUCCACACAAAGCGAUUGGACCUGGAGACGACAGAAGACACCACCAAAGACGACGCAUCGACGUCGGCAGAUUCCGGCUACGCAUCUAAGUCAUCAUCCGACUUGACAAACAACGAAGAUCCAGAUGAUGUGGUUCCAUUACCUCCUGACCUAGAUCCUACCUCUCUACAUACUAUUGUCAGCUCACUCCUCCCCCACGACGAACUUAAACAGCAACAGAAGGCCGGCAAAGCAUUUCAUGACGGCUGGGAAGAAGGACCAAUACGCUUCCUCCCAUCCUACAAAUAUGACAUCGGAAAGGUUGCCGUCUUUGACUCGAGCGAUAAGCAGCGUUGCCCGAGCUGGUGCGAUCGGGUACUAUACCGAACUAGAGCAGCCAAAGAGCGAUACGACGCCAGACUGAAAGAGCUAGAGGAAGCGAGAAAGAAGGAUGAAGAGAUGAAAGCAAAAGGGAUAGACCGCGCGGGAGAUGAUGACGACGUUCUGUUUGAUUACGACCCGGAAACGGACGGCGACAACAAUGACACUUACGACGAAUAUGAUGAAAACGAAGAUCCAGAGCCUGAGGCUGUUGUCACCAAGGAAGGCUUUCCAGACGAGAUUCUGCUUGAGUGUUACACAGCGCACAUCCGGGUUCUUUCAUCAGACCACAAGCCUCUAGAGGCUGUAUUCUCUCUCAAAUAUGACGCUGUUAUACCGGAGCUGAAGACUGCUAUACAUCAGGAAGUCGCCAGAGAGCUCGAUCGCCAAGAGAACGAAGGCAGACCGUCCAUCACCCUUGUUGUCGAUCGCUCCACUGGCACGUUAUCUCCCGAGAACAAGGAUACCACCGACAGUGCCUUUGACGGAGUCGAUUUCGGUGACGUCCAGUUUGCAAAGUCCAAGCGGCGUAACAUCACAAUCGCCAAUACCGGUAGAGUGCCAGCUACUUUCGGCUUUACCGACCGUCCUGUCAAUAGAGACCAGCCUGAAGGACCUUUUCCACCCUGGCUCAGCGUUACAUUCGACCGGAAGCCCGACGCACCGUCCAAAGCGUCCUCAGACGAUCUCCACCAGCAAUUCACCCUCGAUCCUGCCGACGUCUGCAACGCAGAGUUAAAGCUCAAGAUUGAAGACUUAGACACGAUUCGUAAGCUGAAUGAAGGCAUUGCAUCCAUGGACGAGGUUCUUGUGUUGCGCGUCAAGGAUGGCCGCGACCACUUCCUGCCUAUCCGGGCGCAUUGGCUGCAAUCGGCGCUCUCGCGUACCGUCGACAAACUCAUCAAAAUUCCAGAAGGUGGCAUUCGCAAACUACAGCAUCAGAAGCCUGAUCGCGGUGAUGGGGUAAAGUGGUCGGUGCCCCGCGAGAUAUUUCGGCUGACGGAGGCGAUAGAAGUCCUGACCGAGCGCACACUUGCCGACUGGGACAUGACAGGCCACGAGGCGGAUAAAGAGAAGGCUCCGUGGCAGCACAAUGCCGCCUGGCCAUUCAUCAGACAAGACAAUGCUGCUCCGGAUGAGGACGUAGCGGCGGACGUGUACGAUGCUCUCGACUGUGACGACCCUAUCGACAAGGCGUUCCCUGCUGGGACGCCUCCCAAGCAAAGAUUGGGAAUCCUUGCCGACGUCCUUCUGUUAUUCCUUCGCAGUCUGCAGGAUGGCAUCAUUACGAAGAGUCUAUGGGAGAAACUUGAAGAAGGUAUUACGAUGCGGGAGAAGUCCAAGCAGCAGUUGCUCCCAGACGAUGAGAAGAUGUGGGCGCUCGAAAUCCUUGCUUCAGCACCGAAUCAUCUAGCUUCGUUCCUUCUUAUUGUUUCUAUGCUACAGAACGUAAAGAAUCAGAUCGCGGAAGCUUCAAAAUCCGAUAAGACGACACCGCGUUCAAGCAUCGAUCUCCCUCUCCCUGCCUCGCCAAAGGUUUCUGUGCGAAGGAAGACGUUGAGCAAAGUGCCUGAGGUGGCGAUUCGACAGCUCAUCAACCGGAACUAUGCAGCUGUCUUUGUUGACACGAUGUUUCGGGCUCCGAAUAUGGAGAAGUUGAAGGAUAAGGACAAGGCAGCGAAGAAGGAGAGGAUGGCCAAGAUUGUCGAGUUGUUCUUGGACGACGGUGAUGUGAAGCGGAGAUAGUGGCUGGAUUUUAGCCUUGCAUGGCUGGCAUGCACGGCAUUGGAUAGAGCAGGCGAACGUAGUGAUACCC